CUCAGUCUAAAGAUUUCUGUAAAACAUUUACCAAAAAACUGAAUGCUAGCAUUUCAGGGAAAAUGUGCUGCCUGUUAUUUGUUCUGAGGAGUCUCUCUGUGUGGAUGCAGAUUUAUAGGUAUUGGAAGAGAUGUUCUACUUACAGGGUUCUCAGAUGCUUCAGUCUCUGGAGAACUCCCUGAGGAAGUACCUCCCAGAGUCCUUAAAGGUUUAUGGGACUGUCUUCCACAUGAAUCAGGGAAACCCAUUUAAGGUCAAGGCUCUGGUGGACAAGUGGCCUGAUUUUAAUACUGUUGUUAUUCGACCCCAGGAGCAGGACAUGACAGACGACCUUGACCCCUACACCAAUACUUACUUAAUCUACUCCAAGGAUCCCAACAACUGUCAGACGUUCCUUGGCUCAUCAGAAGUCAUUAAUUGGAAACAACAUUUACAGAUUCAAAGUUCACAGGCAAGCCUGGACAAAGUUAUAAAAAGACUUGGAGCCAUUAAUUUGGGCAAUGUAAAGCACACAGAGUGCUUUCUCUAUAUGAUACCUGAAACAGCAAAGAAAUUGGCUCCUUCUUUGGUGGAUGCCAAGAACUUAGUAUGCAACAGUGACAAGCCCAAGCCCAUUAAUCAAGAGUUGUUCAAAUUCGCCUCACUGGAUGUUACACAUGCUGCACUGGUGAAUAGCAUCUGGCAUUUUGGUGGCAAUGAGAAAAGCCAGAAGUUCAUUGAGCGCUGUAUCCACACCUUCCCCAGCUUCUGUAUUAUGGGGCCUGAGGGGAUUCCCGUGUCUUGGGCCUUGAUGGACCACACUGGAGAAUUGAGAAUGGGAGGCACCUUACCUCAGUACCGGCGCCAGGGUCUCAUUUACCAUAUUGCUUCCCAACAGAUUCAGGCUCUAAGAAAUCUUGGCUUCCCCAUGUAUGCACAUGUAGAUAAAGCUAACUUCACCAUUCAGAGAAUGGCUGCCAGGAUGGCUUAUGUCACCAUGCCCUGUACCUGGAACCAAUGGAAUUAUGUGCCUCUAUAAAGCUGGAAAAGAGUGAUGAAGGGACCUUGCUUGUAGAUGGAGAAAUGGCUGAGUGAAUGAAGAGAAGUAAUAAAUUGUCAUUAGGUAGGUUUGUGUUUCUUGAAAGCAGAGGUACAUCAUGAACUGCACACACUGUUUCUCUGCCCUCAUAUUUCUCAUGCACUUAACUCCAUUUCCUCAUCAUGCAGAAAGUCACUUUCUCCUGCUCUAACUCUGUUACAGGUCCCACAUUCUCAGGAUCCCUCUAACAGUGGUUCUUAAAAUGCUGUGACCCUUUAAUACAGUUCUUCAUGUUGUUGACUACCAACUAUAAAAUUAUUUUUGUUGCUACCUCAUAACUAUAAUUUUGCUACUGUUGUGAACAUAAUGUAAGUUUUCUGAUGGUCUUAGGUGAUCCUUGUGAAAGGAUUGUUCGACCCCCAAAGGUGUUGCAAUCCACAGGUUGAGAACACUGCUCUAACACAUUUAGCUGAAUUGUAUUCUUUUCUAUUUUGCUUUGUUGGAUUUCGAUCCAUGCCCAUUAGCCAGUAGGUUUAUUUUGUGACCUAUCCCACUACUCACAUGCAUACCUCCUAUGGCUUUCUGUAGUUUUUCUUUUAUUGGCUGGAGAAAUAGCUUGUCAUCUAAAAAGGUAUAUUCAAAAUCAUUCUCUCCCAGGUCACUUUCUAGAUGUUAUAGUGUUAAUAUGUACAAACUACUACACAUGCACACACAGAUGCAUAACACAUGUGGUUCAAUUGUAAAAUUAUUAGGAAAGAAACUAGGGAUCAGCAAGUAGAGGUGCUUACAGCUAAUCCUGGUAACCUGAGUUUAAUUCCUAGAACCCAUGUUGUGAAAGAAAAGAAUCAAUUCCAUCACAUUGCCCUCUGACCUCGACAGGUAUGCUAUGACAUGUACACUCACAAAUGAAUAAAUGUAAUUUUAAAAAAUAUUAGUUUUGUGU